ACCCUUUGCUUUAUCUCCAGCCCUAAAACAGGGCCUGGCACAUGGGAAGUUCCAGGAAAUAACGUUUGGAUGAACAAAUAAAUGCUCAAGGGACCUGAACACCAGCUGAUGCAGACAUGGUGUCCCUGCUGCUGCUGCCCCUGCUGUGGGGGGGGUCCCUGCAGGAGGACUGGGGGUACGAGCUUCAAGUGCAGGACACAGUGACGGUGCAGGAGGGUCUGUGUGUAUACGUGCCCUGCUCCUUCUCCUAUCCCUGGAGCUCGUGGCCUACCCAUGAGAGGCCCUACAUGUACUGGUUCCGGAGUGGGGACAGCUUCCAUAACUCUCAGCCUGUGGCUACAAAUGAUCCAACAAAACUCGUGAAGACAGAGUUCUGGGGCCGGUUCAACCUCAUCAGGAAGCCCCGGGAAAACGACUGCUCCCUGAGGAUCAGAGAGGCCAGGAGGAGCGACCAGGGACUCUACAAGUUCCACAUAGCGAAAGACUAUGGGAGAUACACUUACAAAGAUAAGCAGCUGAACCUGCAGGUGGCAGCCCUGACACAGGAACCCGACAUCCACUUUCCGGAGCCCAUGAAGUCUGGCUAUGCCACGAACCUGACCUGUAGUCUGCGGGGAUCCUGCGAAGAAGGAAGACCUCUCAGCUUCUUCUGGGUGGGGGGUGCUCUUGACUCGCUGGACCGCCAGACCCUCCGCUCCUCGGUGCUGACCCUCACCCCAAGGGUGCAGGACCAUGGCAGCAACCUCACCUGUCAGGUGCACCUGCCAGAAGGUCAGGGUACCGUGAAAAGAACCAUCAGGCUCAAUGUCUCCUACGCUCCACAGUUGAUGACCAUGCGCGUUUUGCAGGGAAACUACACAGUCCCGAAGAUGCUGAGCAACGGCAUGUCGCUGCCUGUCUUGGAGGGUCAGUUCCUGAGCCUGGUCUGCAUUGCUGACAGCAAUCCCCCUGCCAUGCUGAGCUGGUCCCGGGAGGGCAAAGCCCUGAGCCCCUCCCAGCCCUCGGCGCCUGGGGUCCUGGAGCUGGUUCACGUAGGGGUGGAAGAUGAAGGGGAAUUUAGCUGCCAGGCUCAGAAUCCCCUGGGCUCCCAGCGCAUCUCCAUCAGCCUCUCUGUGCGCAGAAGCCCCUCUUCCUGCAACUGUGUGAGUGAGAAGCAGGAGGGCUCCUGGCCCCUGGUCCUCACCCUGAUCAGAGGGUUCCUCAUGGGGGCUGGCUUCCUCCUCGCCUAUGGCCUCACCUGGAUCUACUACACCAGGUGUGGGGACCCCCAGGGAUCGGGGCCGAGAGGCCUGAGUGAGCCUCUCUCCUUCUCAAGACAGGACUGAGGUGUGGACCUGGAGCCCAGGGGGACAGAUAUGAGACGUCAUGGUCAGCUUCUUCCUGGAACCUCUCAACUCAAACCUUCUCCACUGUAUCCCUGGACUUUAAUUUGGGGAGGUGAAGGAGCAAUGACACAGAGAGGCCAACAUCAUCAGAAGUUGCUACUUAGGUUUUCCAAGGAAAUGGGGCAUGCCACGCCUUGCAGGGCCAUGUGGGAAGAAGCAACACGUUUUGGCUGGGAGGCAGAAUCAGGUACAGGGGAGGCCUUGCAAAAGCCUUUCCUGGGGUUUGUGUGAGAAAGACAAGGCCAGCAGUAUAGUUCAGGAUCAGUUAGUCUGAGUAAUUCUGGGCGCCCUUGACCUAAAGGGGUGGCUCUAGUUGUCUGCUACCUGUCCUUGGUGAUUUAGGGCAGGGUGCAUGAGUUAGAGAAAAGUGGUGUUUGGGGCAUCUGGGUGGAUCGCUUGGUUGAGCAUCUGCCUUCAGCUCAGAUCAUGAUCCCAUGAUCCUAGA